AUGGUUCGACUGUAUUUUCUGUUUCACCGCCUGCAAUUUUUUUGCAUGUUCGCCUACCGCUCUCGUCCAAUGACUGUUACUGCUGUUGUUAUGGCUACUGCUGUCACACACGAUGUUGGCCAGAGCAUCAACGUCAACAUUGCUGCUUACCCAGAUCUUGUUCCUGCGCAGCUGGACAUGGCCGCUGUGCCUGUCCACCAGCAGCUCGAGCAGAGGGCUGCUGCUGUCGAGCCCCAGCGGGCUACUCCCGCCAAGCGGCAGCAGUCUGCUAGGGGCCGCAUCAGCGUGGGCAAGUACAAGCUCAAGCAAAGGCGGAGGAGCGCAAACGACAGCUACCCCGGGCUGACCGGCCGUGAGCUCGAGGACGUCGAGCGGACGUACCACUGGGUGAUGCGUGGAAAACACCAUGCAUCGCACAGGUCGGUAUUCUGGACUGGGAAAAAGAUGGACGUCGCGCUGGCCCACCAGCUGAUGGUGACGAUGAAUCCGGCGCUCUGCAAGGAGCACGAACAAGUUCCCGUCGGCAUGCCCCAGCAGGUCAACAACCAGCAGGACUUCGGGUCGGGAUACCAUAGUUCCUUCCCCCUCCAGCAGCAGGCCUUCAUGCCGGCUCAGCAGCUCCCAUUCGGUGCAGGCCACGGCGCCAAAAGCCUCUCCGGUCAUUCGCAGCAGUUCAACACUGCUGCAAACCCUCUCCCCGGUCUGGGAUUUCAACAUCCCUUUCCCCAGCACCAGCAGGCCUACGUGCCUGCCCAUCAAGCUCCCUUCGGCAUGCUGGGGCAUGCCGAAUUCGCCCAGGGACAGGGGAUGAGUGACCCAGCUCCCCAUCAUCAAGGCCUGCAGGCCCCCCAGCCUACCUGUCAAGGAUUCUUUGGCACGGUGGCCAGUGCCGAAGACCUUGGUCAGGCGCAGCAGUUCAACAUUGCUGCGUACGCCGCCGGGGACCCCUUUGGUCUGGCGCAGCAGCACAACACUGCUGCAUACGUCAUCGAAGAUCUCCCUGGUCCGACGCAGCAGCUCAACAAUGCUGCGUACGCCGCCGAAGACCUGCCGUGGGAUCUGCUGUCUACCUCCGCAUCGCCGAGUGACUUGGUCAUGGGUGGCGGUUGGUCGAGCGCAGAGUCUUCACGGAGGACCAGCAACACCUCGCUGGCGUCUAUGCCCGGGGCUGCUGGGGGUAAGAUGGCGAUCAAACUCGACCUCUUCGACUCCUACGAGAUGCAGUCUUUGAGGGCGCUUCUCCCUGCGGGCGGUGAGGACCUCUCAGCUGAGGUCUCUUCUGAGGAGGGGGUUGUGGCAGUUGAGGAUGAUUUCUCGUGGUGUUUGGAGGACUAGGCGGAGAUGCAGUUUUAAAGGCGCCAAGGCCUUUUUGAUUUCAUUUCGGUAUCUUUCGGUUGGCCUGGCUUUUUGUAUUUUACUUUCGUUUGCACUGAUGCCCUAGUUUCUCUUGUCGAGAUGUUGAAGUCCUCCGCAGCCAGGUUGCUGGAGGUAAGUGGUCUUGCGCAGGGCGCUUGUCCCAUGAGCGAUAGGGACAUGGUUUCCUUACUUCUUUGAUUACACAUUUAGUUCCUCCCGCCCUCGUUUUGAGAGGCUGCGGCACAAGUACGGCGUCUUUUGCGAGAGCGGUGAAAUCGAUUCUUCUUGCCAGCGUUGCGAUUUCUACGAGUUCAAUUAGCUAUGACACAUGGAAGACCUUCGUCCAAAGCUUCGGGAAAUGGCGAUUCCAUUGCGUACAUUGCAAUCAGCAAGCAAGUAACACCGCUGCACAGACGGCACCAGAAUAGAGUCAACUAAAUUCCUCGUGCCUCACUAAAAAAAUAAG